AUGGAGACUACUUCUAGUGCUUCCAAUAUUCCAUCUAAAAUGAAGGCUUGGGUUUAUGCUCAUCAUGGAAAACCUGUUGAUGUUCUGAAACUGGACUUGGAUGUUGCUGUUCCCCAACUGACAGAAGACCAGGUUCUAAUCAAGGUUGUAGCUGCAGGGCUCAAUCCAGUUGAUUUCAAGAGGAUGCUUGGGAUGUUCAUAGGAGCUGAUUCUCCCCUACCUACUGUACCAGGCUACGAUGUUGCUGGUGUGGUGCUGAAAGUGGGCAGCCAAGUAAAAAAUUUAAAGGAAGGAGAUGAAGUGUAUGGGAACAUUAAUGAGAAAGGCUUGGAUCACCCAAAAAGAUAUGGCACUUUAGCUGAAUAUACUGCUGUUGAAGAGAAGCUGUUGGCUCUCAAACCAAAAAAUCUGAGUUUUGUGGAAGCUGCUGCAAUUCCCCUAGCUAUUGGGACUGCCUAUGAAGGCCUUGAAAAAACUGGCUUCUCUGCUGGCAAAUCUAUCCUUGUUUUAGGAGGUGCUGGUGGGAUUGGCACCAUGGUAAUUCAGCUGGCAAAGCAUGUCUUUGGAGCAUCCAAAGUGGCAGCUACCUCAGCAAAACUGGAAUUAUUAAAAAGCUUGGGAGCUGAUUUGGCAAUUGAUUAUACCAAAGACAACUUUGAAGAUCUACCAGAGAAAUUUGAUGAUGUAUAUGAUGCAGUUGGGCAAUCUGAAAGGGCAGUGAAGGCGGUCAAAGAAGGUGGGCAGGUGGUGACAAUAGAACCCAUGAAGGCUCUGACUGCUCCAGCUUUCAGGUUCAUACUGACUUCCAGUGGGGCAAUGUUGGAGAGAUUGAACCCUUUCCUGGAAAAUGGGAAGGUGAAGCCCGUCAUUGAUCCGAGAGGCACGUUUCCUUUUUCUCAAACCCCAGAAGCUUUUUCCUAUCUUGAAACCGGCAGAGUUACUGGCAAAAUCGUCCUUCACCCAAUUCCAUGA